UGCGCCAGCUCUCCCCUUCACUUUCGCCUACGAUUGUAUAUAUAUUACCUAAGGUCCGUCUUGCCGCUGACUCUCCUCCACACUCUCCCCGCAACUCACCUCCCAACCCUCCACACUCGACGAAGGGCAUCGACUACCAAAGGCGACCUCAAUGGCCCCUCGCAAGAUAGCCAGCGGCGAUACAUCCGCCUCAGCGAGCCAUGCGGCAACCCCUUCCCCCAGUCGCAAGAAACCCAGGACGAACGCCGGAACCAAGGGAAAGAAAGCCGCCAAGAAUCGCCAGAAAGAGUCGCAUUUCCCGUUUCUCAAACUGGCCCCCGAGAUCCGAAAUAUGAUUUACGUGUACGCACUGGUCUCCAACAAAAAGAUAGAUAUCUAUCGAGCAAGGCAUCCCAGGCUAGGCAGAGAAAUGUUGGCUAAACGUCGCCCUCGUACUGGCCGAGGACGAAAGGACAUCACCCCACAACUGCUGCGUGCUUGCAAACAAAUUCGGAAUGAGGCAACGACGAUCCUCUACUCUCACAACUGGUUUUCUUUCGAGAAAGCUAGAAGCCUCUUCGACUUCUUGGGUCAGUAUGCGACCCAUGUCCGCGAUUUGCGCCAGAUUUCACUCUCCAUACCGAAUUGUCGCUCCGACACGGUCGAAGCAGCCUUUUCGAUGUUGGCCCACGCCGAAAACCUGGAGAUUUUGGACAUGGUAUAUGAUAUGUCGGGUGGAACAAACGGUAGCGGCGCAGCUCGACUAUUCUAUGGCGCUGCCCGCAAGUGGCUUGAAGCAGUGGGGAUCCGGGCUGGAAAUAAGUACGCCGCUCUGCAGGUGCUCCAACUGCCAGCCAUCAAGACGCUGAAGCCCGUCACCCACGUUGAUUAUUGGGGUCAUAGCCAUACGACCGGUGUCAGCGAGAGCCAAGAGGGACAGACGGAGUUUCUCGAGACUCUCAAAAGCCUUUUGGACUGAUCUGGCUGGAAAUGGCCAGUGAAUCCGGACAUAUCUCGCGCUGGUGCACUAUCCUGGUAUGAGGAUGACUUCGAUUGUUGAACUUCUGCUGUUGUCGCUAAUUUCUUUGCAAGCUUGCAACCCAGUCCGACGAAUAAGCGUUUUGAAAAGCUGGUUUUGCAUUUGCUUGCUCGCGAUCGGACAGAAAUCGCGGUUCUGGGCACUCUCAAGGUAGUUCUGCCACGGUGGCGCGUUCGCGAAAGUCUACAUGAUACCUAAGACUUGACAAGUGCUUUUCUCCCGGCUAGGACGACACCCGUUCAGGGCUGAAUUCUUCUGGUUCCUUUAUUGGUUUCUAUUCGCCCCGAACACGUCUCGGACACUUCUUUCCACCACUUGGAUGAACUGGGUAUUCAUCUCAUAGCACCGCUUUAUCAACAAGCAAAGCUGGUAACCCCGUCAGGAGCGGUAUAUUAGUAGCAUCAGAUGGUUUAUCCUAC